AUGCGCAGGCACCGUGUGUGCAUGGUUUGCGACUUUUUCUAUCCUCGACUGGGCGGGGUAGAGAUGCACAUCUGGUCUCUCAGCCAAUGUUUGCUGCGGCGUGGGCAUCGGGUGGUGGUCAUCACGCACGGCUACGACAACCGCAAGGGAGUGCGGUACAUGACCAACGGACUCAAGGUGUACUACGUACCGCUGGUGCCCGUGGUCGACGGGGACUGCAUGCCGACGGCCUGCGCGUUCUUCCCGAUCUUCCGGCAGAUCUUGAUCCGCGAGCGCAUCACGCUCGUGCACGGGCACCAGGCCUCUUCCGUCAUGUCCCACGAGGCCAUACUCUUCGCCAAGACCAUGGGCUACCGGGUGGCCUACACGGACCACUCUCUCUUCGGGUUCGCGGACGCGGCUAGCAUCCACCUCAACAAGCUGAUGAAGUUCACAAUGUGCAGCGUCGACCACGCCAUCUGCGUGAGCAACACCUGCCGAGAGAACCUCGUGGUCCGCGCCACCCUGCCGCCGGAAAAGAUCUCCACCAUCCCCAACGCGAUUGACCCCUCCAAGUUCACGCCGGACCCUUCCGCCCGCUUCCCGAAAGGCACCAUAAACGUCGUCAUCAUGAGCCGGCUCGUGUACCGCAAGGGGAUAGACCUCGUCGCCCCCGUCGUAAAGAUCAUGUGCGAGCGCUACCCAAACCUCCACUUCAUCAUCGGGGGCGACGGCCCGAAGAGACUCCUCCUCGAGGAGAUGCGGGAGAAGAGCCAGCUGCACGACCGGGUCGAGAUCCUCGGCGCCGUGCCCCACGCAAGGGUCCGGAGCGUGCUCGUCCGGGGGCACAUCUUCCUCAACUGCAGCCUCACGGAGUCGUUCUGUAUCGCCAUACUAGAGGCCGCAAGCUGCGGUCUCUUUGUCGUGAGCACGGCCGUCGGCGGUGUCCCGGAAGUCCUCCCCGGGCCGAUGAUCAAGUUCGCGGAGCCGACGGUAGAGGACCUGACGGACGCUCUGUCGGACGCGAUCCCCCUGGCCAGAAAAGCGGUGCCUAGCGAGUUCCACGCGAAGGUGAGGGACAUGUAUAGCUGGGCGGACGUCGCGGAGCGGACGGAAAGGGCGUACGAGAGAGCGCUCAAGGCCCCGCCGCCUAGUCUCGUCCGGCGGUUUCAGAGUAAGAAGCCAAGUAUCGCGCACAGCGGAUGGGUUUGA